CUCUGUUGUAAUGUUUGAUACGGUUCGUCUAACGACGAGAUUUCGAAUGCAACCGGUUAAAACGUUUUUCAGUCUUGUUUUGACCAUCUAAUGAUUUAAACGUAAAUCCAAACAGAAAUUGUUGUAACGAAAACGAAAAAAAAAAACUUUGUGAUUUAAGGAAGAUGUUUUUAUAUAAAAAGUGAAAAUUUAGUUUUAAAAUGAUUUAUUUAAAUAAAUUCGAAAGAUUUUUAAAUUGUUUUUUAUGGAUCCUGCUUACUUUUCUAUUAAAAAGCGUUAACACAAAUGGAAAUGAUAAACCGCUUCCCUGCGAUGGAUUUAAAGUUGGUGAUGACGAUUUACAAAAUUUCGAUUUUAUUCGACAAUUCGAAUCGAAUGUUAGUUUUCCUGGAAUAAAAAUUGUCAAUGGAUCUCAUAAGUUACAAACUGCUUAUCGAUUGGAUAAAUAUGUGAAUAUAAAUUUUCCAACAAGCCGAAUUUUCCCACAGGGUCUUCCCGAUCAAUUUUCAUUUAUUAGUACUUUCCGGUUGCGGAAAUUAACGAAAAGUUCAUGGAAUUUACUUCGAAUAACCGAUUUAGAAAAUAAACCAAAUCUACAGAUUACGAUGAAUCCUAAAAAGGAAACGAUCGAUUUUUCAAUUCCCAAUAAUAUGGGGGAACUUCAAACGAUAAUUUUUGACGAUGUUAAGAUCUUUGAUAGAAAUUGGCACAAAAUCCAUUUUGGUGUAUUUCCCGAUCGCGUCAGUUUAUUUGUUGAUUGUAAAAGAAUUGGUCUUAAAAAUUUACAACCAAGAGGUUAUAUUGAUGCUAAUGGAAUAAUAUCUAUAGCCAAAAUGGUAAAUUCAAAUCAAUCAAGACCUAUUGAUUUGCAAUGGAUGAUGAUUCAAUGCGAUCCUACCAAACCAGAAAGGGAGCGUUGCAAGGAAAUAUCAUCAACUCCUUCUUUAGUACAAAAAAGAUUUUUUUAUAAAUUUUGUUUGUUUUGUUAUGUUUUUGUGUUUUAGAUUCCCUCAAAUGUUACUAAACAAGAAUGCCAAGUUGUUUGUCCAAGAGGACCACCAGGAUAUAACGGAACAGAUGGUCUCCCUGGUUUAUCAGGUUUACCAGGACCAAUCGGACCUAGAGGAGAACCGGGAUAUCCAGGACCUCCAGGUAUUUCUGGUGAUAAAGGCGAGCAAGGAUUUCCUGGAGAAAAAGGAGAAAAGGGCGAACCAGGGCUUCCCGGCACUGGAAUAGGAAUUCCAGGUGAACCAGGUGAACCUGGAAUUCCAGGAUCGAAAGGAUUACCAGGUUUAGAUGGUAGACCGGGAGAUCAAGGUCCUCCAGGUGAACCAGGACCACCUGCAGAAAUACCAACAAAUCUUAUUAUUGACCAAUUACAACCGCAUCCCGGUAUUAGUGGAGCAAGGGGAUUUCCAGGAAUUCCGGGAAUGCCCGGUGAAAGAGGUGCUGCUGGAGAAAGAGGUCAACAAGGACCAGCGGGACCCCCAGGAAUGCCAGGAAAAGAAGGACCACCGGGUUUACCAGGUCCACAAGGUCAAAAUGGACAACCCGGGCUACCAGGACUUCCAGGGCCAGAAGGUCGAAGUUUUAGUGAAGCUGAAUUACGUGAUAUUUGCGGGGCUGUUUUACGAGAACAAUUAGGUGCUUUGACAGCGAAUCUUAUGGGUCCCCCAGGACCACCGGGGCGGUCGAAACCGGGGAGACCUGGAGCUACCGGUGUUCAAGGUCCACCAGGUAAAUUUAAUUAAUUAAAUAAAGAUUAUCUAAUAAGAAUAAUUUGAUUAGGUGAUCCCGGUUCUGUUGGUUUACCUGGUGAGCGUGGUUUUCCUGGUAUACAAGGGCUACCUGGUGCACCAGGAAUGGUUGGUAUGCCAGGGGAAAAGGGGGAAAAAGGAGACAAGGGACCUGAAGGUAUUGGAAUUGAAGGAUCUCCAGGUCCCAGGGGAUUACCCGGCCCACCUGGUCCUGAAGGAGUUGGUCUUCCUGGUCGGGCUGGAGAAAGAGGUGAAAUGGGAAGAGCUGGUAAAGCUGGAUUAAGAGGAAGUCCAGGACCACAAGGACCACCUGGUUAUUGCGAAUUUUGUAAUUAUCCACCAAAUCUUUAUGAGUAUGCGUUAAGAAGUAGAGGAAAUGAAAAAGGACCAUAAUAAUAAUUAAUUAAAAAGAUUUUUAUAAAAAUUACUGCCACUAAAAUUAAUUUAUGACCAUAAAAGGCAAAAAAGUAAAUAAAACAUUUUUCGUAUUCUCAUACUAUAAUAUGCACUACUUUUAUUACUAAUAUAACAUAUAAAUAGUUAACAAUUUUAUAUUAUUUUAAAAUUAAAAUAAAAAAAAAAGAAAAAUGUUUUUAUAACACGAACAAUCCAUGUUUUACAGUUUCUGCUCUUUUCUUUUUAAUAAAAUACACUUCAACCGAG